GGAUCUGGUAAAGAUGCCAUGGCUCCGCUACCAUGAAGAGCAACUGUACUCGCUCACGCUCUUUUUCCACUUGAGCCAAUGCAACGAGUGCAUACCCGAUUGACCUCUGGUUUCUGGUGUCGGGUGACUGUCAGUAAAUGGAUCUGUGGAUCUUGUGAUAUACAGGAUGAUCCGUCCAUUCCUCUCCAAAAGCACUGCCAAAAAUAGCUUCAAAUGCUACAGCGUGGCCUUUGGUUCACUAGUCUUUACAUAUGGAGAACUGUCGAGCUCGGCUCUGACAGAGUACUUAUUAUGGUGUACUGAUUCCCAGCAACAAGUCUUCAGCAUACACUAGAAGCGUACACUGCAAGAUGUCAUGUAGCACGGAUGGAGCUUCACACUUACACUUUUGCCUCACUGGAAAACCGCGUGAUUGCUUAGCGCUGCACUCAGAAGGUGCAUCAAAUGCCCCAGCCAAGGUUUCCUGGGCUGCGCUGGUCGACGCACAUGGCCCAGAAGCAGUGGAUCCCGACCUUUGCGAGUGUACUGCUGAGGAACUAGCCGCAUACCGCCUUUUCUGCGAUGGUGGCAUUAUGGAUGCUCAGGUUGACGAAGCUUCAGUAAAUAGGACGCAUAUCUUUGCACUUUUCCACAAUCUCUUCCCAACAUCACAGCUUAGGGUGUAGUGCCACCCGAUCUUUGACACACUCCAAAUAACAGCGGGUUGAAGGCAGAGUUGCUCGAGAUGGGCAAGUGGUUCACUUUUUUGGUGUGAUAUCGGUCUUGACGCGGCGUAGGAUUUUCAUCAACAAGAAUAGCAAUGGGUUAGUCGAGCAAAAGAUAUAUAUUGUCUAUUUCCGAAUUCCGAAUUGUUUCGGACAAGUCAGGAUGGCUUUCUGGCUGAAGAACGUGUGAAGACGCCGGGUGUGAAGAGCCCCUUCGCGGUUGGGCAAUUGGUGAAUCACAGUGAAUCAUCAAACGUGGAGAUCCUGCAACUGGAUGAGUCCCUCGAAGAGACCUUCGCUGUGGGUCGCCUGCACCAGGGUCUUUGGUACUUGGACAACCAGUGGCGUCCGGUCCACGUUCCAAGUGGCCGUCCUGUUCCCAUUAUCGCUUUACAGGCCAUUCAACCCGUGCAGCCAGGAGAAGAGUUGUUUCUGAACUAUCGACUGCGGCCGCCUUACCCUGCUUGGUAUGCUGGAUGAUCAGGGUUCUUCAACAACGAUAACGAUACCUCAACCGUUUGAUGGAUAUUAAUAUUUUUGGUGAGGCGAACGCAGUGUGCUGGAUCACUUCAGCUGGGACCUAAACAUUGCGAGUUCCGCACAGCUGGGCUUGGGUGGAGAGCUGAAUAACUAGUGAACUAGUGGGCCUGGGUUAGGUUCAACUUCCUCACGUUUGUGGGGCACGGCAAAAGCAAACUGAUUUCGCAGGCCAGCGAUUGGAAGGAUGAACAUGGAUAAGUAGACAGUUCGCCAGUCGCGAUGAGCUGAUGCGAAGCCACUGGAAGGGUGGUGGGGCGCCGCCGCUGUGACCCUUGAACUGACCAGCAGCCAUCGACGCGGUGACAGAGUGUGCCCUUGAGCUUUUCCAUUGAGAAAGGGAAAUGGACACCUCCAAGGAUUGCUUACAGUACUACAUCUUCCAUGGCGAGCGCUUUCUGGAGAUGGGAUCUGGGCGCGCAUGCACACCCUGGAUAUCUUCACCACACAAGCAGGGCUGUGCAAUCUUCUUUGCCUUUAAAAAACAUUGCCAGUUGCUGACAAACCAGUUGGCAACAAGUGUGGAUCGUGCAAUGCAAUGCCUUUGAUUAUCAAAUGCCGCCCUUAGGCCCUAAACGAUGAGAGCUCAAAGUUGACC